UAUGCGAGACAACUAGGCAGUCACUCGAAGAUUCUCAAGACUUCCAGAGGUCCUACAGAAUUAGGAAGACCUCCUAUCCCUGCUUCUCCACAUCCUCUCCAAGUGUCCAAAGGUGACAAACAUGAAAAGCAUGUACUUUGUGGCUGGGUUGGUUUUGAUGAUUGUUCAAAGCAGCUGGCAAAGCCCCCUUCAAGAAACAGAAGAGAAAUCCAGAUCAUUCAAAGUUUCCCAGGCUGAACCAUUAGAGGACUCUAGACAGCUGAACGAAGUGAAACGGCACUCACAAGGUACAUUCACCAGCGAUUACAGCAAGUACUUGGACACAAGACGAGCUCAAGAUUUUGUACAGUGGUUAAUGAACACUAAAAGGAGCGGACAACAAGGAUUUGAAGAAAAAGAGAAAGAAAACCUACUGGACCAACUCUCAAGCAACGGACUUGCCAGGCGUCAUGCCGAGUACGAGAGACAUGCUGAUGGCACCUAUACCAGUGAUAUCAGCUCUUACUUGGAAGGUCAAGCUGCCAAGGAGUUCAUUGCUUGGCUUGUGAAUGGACGAGGGAGAAGAGAUUUUGCGGAAGGAGCUGGUGCAGCUGAAGACGUUGGCAGAAGACAUGCAGAUGGCACAUUCACCAGUGAUUACAACAAGCUCCUGGAUGAUAUGGCUACUCAAGAGUUCUUGAAGUGGCUGAUUAGCCAAAAAGUGACCCAGAGGGAUCUGGUGGGAGAGUACCAAUAAAUUCCAGAAGAAAUAUUACCUAUCAGUCCAGGUCUUCAGUACAUCUGCUACCAGCCACCAGAGAUUUUUUUUCAGGCUUACACAUUCUGUACCCUAAAGCCACACAGCUUGGCAUGCCAGGAAAUGAGUUGCACCAUUUUAACCUGCUACAAAAUGAUUGUAUAGUGAAUAUACUUUCAUCAGCUGGACACAGCUAAAGAGUUUGUUGGUGUAAAGACUGUAGGUUUUCAGAUUUUUCUGUUUAUUUAAGGAAGAUCUCAACAAAUGCCCUAAACCACUGUGUUUACAUUUAGCAAUGCCAUUCUUUUUUUUUUCUAUGAAGGGAAAGUGUGCAUAGAAAGGAUGCAACAAUCAAACACAAAAACAAGAGCAACCGCAAUGCUGGCAAGUCAAAAUUGUGUGGAAAUGUCCCUCUUGAAACCUUUGUUAUAAAAAGGAUCCACUUUCCAGACACCAGUUGAUAGUCUUAAAUAAAAUAUGUAUAUAUUCAA